AUGGGAGUAGGUGGAUCGGACCCUACCUCAAUUCAGUCAGCAUCCUGCCCUCGUGACAUUGUAGAGCUUUUCAAUGUGUACUUUUCAUCUGUUCUAAACGGCAACGACAAUCCAAUUGAUUCAACAACUCCUCCCUCAACUACCAGUUGCGGAUCUGCUCUGUCAGAAUUGAACCUUUGCCUCGACGACGUUUUGGUUGUUCUUCAAAACCUUGAUGCCGGUAGAGCAACGGGCCCUGACGGUAUACCUCCCAGACUUCUAAAAGAAACUGCCCAUCAAAUUGCUCCAUCUUUAUGCUCUCUAUUUAAUCGAUCUCUCAAUAGUGGCUCUUUACCAGAGGACUGGAAACUGGCUAACAUCGUUCCAGUUUUCAAGAAAUUAGACAAAACCCACGUUGAGAACUAUCGUCCGAUUUCACUCCUCUGCAUCGUAUCGAAAGUCCUCGAGCGCUGCGUGCUGAGCAAGCUGCGUGUUCACUUGUUGGAACUAAUUAACACCUCACAACAUGGAUUUAUCCCAGGCAGAUCAUGUACCACCCAGCUAGUUGAGGUGCUCAAUUCCAUUGGUUCUCUGUUAGACUCGGGUAAACAAACAGAUGUCAUUUUCAUGGACAUGUCUAAGGCCUUCGACAAG